GUUAAAAUAGCAAUCCCGAACGGCCGAACACCCCUAAAACCCCCAAUUACCAAAUCUCGAUUUAGAUAUCUUAGGACAAAGCAUCAUCAAGUUGCGCUUGUUCCGUUGUCCGAAUGUAUAAACUGAUGCGAUCAUCAAAACAAAUCCACUUCUCAUAAAAGAAUCGGCGUCCUAUUUAUGUAAAACAGGAAUACAGGAUCAAUAUACAUGUGAUGCAAAGUUGUCGGGGGUGAGUAGGAGUAAUUUGAAGAAAGAAAUGUCACAGGAUGCUGCUGCUACUGCGAAUCUUCAACUGAGUGAAGUGUAUUGGUCUCUCGUAGCUAAAGCCGACAAGAAGUUCUCCAAAAUUAGAGACUUGCCCUAUUACGAGCAUCACAGGUAUGAUACACACUUCCACAAAGUAUUCAAAGUUUAUACAAAAUUAUGGAAAUUCCAACAAGAAAAUCGACAAAAGCUGGUGGAAUCUGGUCUUAAAAGAUGGGAAAUUGGUGAUAUUGCAUCAAGAAUUGGUCAACUUUAUUUUGGGCAAUAUAUGAGAACAAGUCAAGCCAGUUAUUUAUCAGAGGCUUAUAUUUUUUAUGAAGCAGUUUUAACAAGGGAGUAUUUUAAAGAUGGAUUAUUCCAAGAUCUUAAUCUUGCAAAUAAACAACUGAGAUUUCUUGCUAGAUUUUUGACAGUUUGUCUUGUGUUGAAUCGAAGAGAAAUGGUGUAUCAGUUGGUAAAUCAGCUCAAAAUGUUGGUUUCUGAGAUCAAAAGGGCGUUUCAGGAAAUGCCAGAUUAUGUGAUUUUCCCAAAAUAA